UUUGAGGAAUCUUUAUAAAGGAGUCGAAGACUCAUUCUAUCAGAACAUUUCACUCUAACCGAACAAAUUAGGUAUUUCCCUUUCUCCACUUUCAUCAUUUUCUUCAGUUUCUCACUAUCAAUUGUUCUUUACGGAGGAUAUUUUCCCCCCUGAAAUCCGGAGCUUGAUAUGGCCGGAAGAGAAGAGUACCGAAUAUUUGUCGGCGGUUUGUCGUGGGACAUCACGGAGCGUCAGCUUGAGAAUGCCUUCAAUCGUUUCGGCAAAAUUAUCGAUUCUCAGAUCAUGUUGGAAAAGAAUACAGGCCGCCCACGUGGCUUUGGUUUUAUUACAUUUUCAGAUCGGCGGGGAAUGGAUGAUGCUAUCAGAGAGAUGCAUGGACAGGAGUUUGGAGAACGAAUAAUUUCAGUGAACAAGGCUGAACCUAAAAUGGGAGAAGAUAUGGACCAUGGUUACAGGGGGGGAGGGUACUCAACUGGUGGCAGGGGUAGCUAUGGGGGUGGGGGAGGAGAUAGAUCUGCAAGGCAAGACGAGUGCUUCAAAUGUGGGCGCCUUGGACACUGGGCUAGAGAUUGUCCUUCAGUUGGUGGUGGCCGAGGAAGGGGAGGAGACUCAUUUCUUGCACGUUCUCGGCUUGGUGAUGGUGAUCGUGGGGAUCGCUUUGCUGGAGAUACCAAUCGUUAUGUGGAUGAUCGUUACGAAGGUGGUGGGCGCUUUGGAGAUAGAGAUCGGUUUGAUAGCAGCAGCAGGGACAACAAAUAUGGAAGUCGUGAUCGCUAUGUUAGUGACAGGUAUCCACCUGGUGGAGAUCGCUUUGGAAGCGGUAGGUAUAAUAACGAUUCUGAUCGUUUUCCUGUAAAUGGCUAUGGCAAAGAUAGAGGGUAUUAUAGAGAUGGACCUCGUGGGGUUGAUAAGUAUGGAAGUGGUGGUCCUGCACGCGAUGAGGGAAGAAGCUAUAGAAACAGACCAGCUCCUUAUGAUCGCCCUAGCCGUGGUGGGCGGCCAUCAUCAUUUGAUCGUUAUUGACUGUUUUUAUUGUUAACACAUUAUCAGAUUUAUCAGAAGUACUACAUGCUCGGUGUUGUGCUGUUAGUCACUAGGAUUGUAGUUGGAGUACCGAUGCCUGACUGAGACAGAUUGUUCUGGUGUUGUGUAGUUUUCAUGGAUCUGAGUUUUUUUGCUCAGAGACACACAUAAAUGCUCUAAAGAACGAUGAAUGCAAAGAGAACAGAUUUAAGUUGACAA